UGGUAACGCGGGGCAGGUUUCGUAGGGGCAGGUCGUGAGCAGUGGCACGGGAACAGCCGAAGACGUUAGCCGGGGGUCGCCAGGCGCCACGCAGGUUCUAAAUGGCUUCUAAGAAGUUGGGAUCUGACUCCCAUGGGCCUUUCAGUUAUCUUGAUGAUGUCCCAUUUAAGAUAGGAGACAAAUUCAAAACCCCAGCAAAGGUUGGAUUACCCAUUGGUUUCUACCUGCCUGAUUCUUCUCAACUUGUCCAAGAAGCCCAGUAUGACUUCUCACUGGAAAAGAAAACAAUUGAGUGGGCUGAAGAUAUCAAAAAAAUUCAAGCUGCCCAGAGAGAAGCUGAACGCAAGGCAGAAGAAGCACUAGCAAACUCAAAGGCAGCUCCAGAGGACAGCAACAAAGUGGGAUUCUCAGAGGCACCUUGCCCUGAGGCUAUGCCUCCUCCUAUUAACCCCAUCCUUGCUAGCUUGCAGCACAAUAGUAUUCUUACUCCCACGCCUGCCAACAGCAGCUCUGUGAAGCAAAAGGUUCUCAGUCCACCUCGUCCAAAAGCAGACUUCAACCCAGCUGAUUUUGAAUGUGAAGAAGAUCCAUUUGACAAUCUGGAAUUAAAAACUAUUGAUGAUAAGGAGGAAUUAAAAAAUAUUCUUGAAAUCCAUGUUGGUACUACUGGGCCAAUUGUUGCCCAGCUGUUAGAUAAUACUUUGCCCAAAGGAGGGUCUGAGUCUGUGUUGCAAGAGCAGGAAGUUCUGGCAUCCAUAGAAAGGGCUACACUGGACUUCAAGCCCCUUCACAAACCCAAUGGCUUCAUCACUUUACCACAGCUGGGAAACUGCGAAAAGAUGUCCUUGUCUUCCAAAGUGUCCCUGUCCCCUAUCACUUCGGUGAGCAAUAUCAAAUCCCUUUCCUUUCCUAAACUUGACUCCGAUGAGUGUGAUCAAAAGUCAUCAAAGCUCACGAGCACUUUCCACAGCACUACCUGUCUCCGCAAUGGCACUUUGCUUAGCUCUUUGCAGACCUGUGCUCGGAGUAAGGCUAGUGAACUGAAUGGACACCAUACAGUUGGUCUUUCCACUCUAAAUGAGGACAGUGACAUGGAGACAUCAACAACAUCCACUUCAUCCAGGCUGCCUUCCCUGGCUGUGUCGACAGUUUGUACAGAAGAAUCAUCUCAAAGCACAGUGACUAUGGUACACCCAGACUACAAGGAAACAGAAAUCCCUGUGGUAACACACCAAAGUUUCCCUGUGUCUAAAGUGCCCAAUAACACCAGCUGCACAAAGCAGUCAGGUGGACCUCCUCCUGAGCUACAGCAGACUCUCUCUGCUAGUGAGAGGCAGUGCAUAGAGACAGUCGUCAACAUGGGGUACUCACCUGAAAACGUCCUGAAAGCCAUGAAGAAGAAGGGACAGAACAUAGACCAGGUUUUGGAUUACCUGUUUGCACAUGGACAGCUUUGUGAGAAGGGUUUUGAUCCACUUCUUGUUGAAGCAGCUUUGGAAAUGCACCAGUGUUCAGAGGACAAGAUCACAGAACUUCUCCAACUAAUGAGUCAAUUUAAAGAAAUGGGGUUUGAACUAAAAGACAUUAAGGAGGUCUUACUAUUACAUAACAACGACCAACACAAUGCUUUGGAAGAUUUAAUGGCUCGUGCAGGGACCAGCUGAAAACACAUUCCUGGAUUCUUGGCGUGCAAUGGAGCAGGACCAGCCCCGCCACCUUCACAUGCAGUGUGACUUGCUCUCAGCAGGAAGGAGCUCUAUAUGUACAUGGCAGAGUGACUGAGCAAGCCUGUCUGUGUGCAUCACUCCAGCGUUUCUCUUUCCACUGGGAGCCGAAUUUCUUUCUUAAAUUUUUUAAGUGUCCUUUCCUAAGUUUCCUUUUUCCAGCUUGGCCACAGAGAGUUUAGACUGCCCAACCUCUAUUGUAAAUGUACAUAGGUAGAGACAGGAAUGGUUUCCCCCCAUCACUGUUGCACUGGAGUUGGACAGAAGGAUAUUAAGUUGGUUCUGAAACUAGGAUACUUUUAUUCUUUGAAGCUGCUUUCAUGGUGUCUGCUUGUACUGAAUUACUUGACUGUGUCACAGUCCAGAUUAACUGGUUAAAUUCGACCUUUAGUGCAAUGGAGUUUUAUUUUUUGGUUGAAAGUUAGUCUGUAACUUAGUAAAACACUGGUUCAGGAACUGUUGCUAUGCAUAAGAAAGAAGACGUUCCUCUUGUAUUUUCUUUUUUUUUUUUUUAACCCAUGCAUCCAACAAUUCUGACAGACAUGAGCAUCCAAUGCUGAGUGGUGUGUAAGUUUUCUUGAAAUAGGUAAGCUGUGAAUUCUACCUGGACCUGCAGCUUGUGUUGGUUCUUGAACCUGAAGGCAGAGAGCUGGGGCUUGGUAUUCUUAAUUCCCCCAGGCUUGUAGGAUAUUUAAGAUAAUGCCCUGCUAGGAAAUCAGUUAGCUUUUUGGUUUAAAUAAUACUCAGUGUUACGCAGGAGGUUUCUUUCAAGCACUUUCUUUAAGACAAAUAUACUCACUGCAUUAGUUCCAUUUUUCACAGUGCUGUAGAAUUACAUAAUAACAUCUAGUACUAGAAACCAGGAUUUGGGUUGGUUUUCAUAGUUCCAAGUAUUAUGUUGUACAUUGUUCAAGUUCUGAAUGCAUAAAAUAUCAUCAGUCUUGAGGAAUCUUUGAAGUAAUUUGCUAAAUAUUUUGAUUCUGCAAAAGAACAACUAA